GUAAUGCUGAAAGAUGGACAGUGGUUUGAAGAGUGGAAAGAUGUGCCUUCAAAUAGACAAACACAGAUACGUCCCACUAUGUUUCCAAUAAAAGAUGAAGAGAAGCUAAGGGCAAUGAAUCUAGAGCGUUGUCUUAGGAUAUUGCCACAUCAUCAGAACACAGGUGGUUUCUUUGUGGCUGUGUUAAUAAAAAAAUCUCCAAUGCCAUGGAAUAAACGUCAGCCUAAGGUUCAUCAGAAAUUACCAGAAAGAGCAGGAGAUACUGAAGUUAAAGCAGCUAAUGCAGAUAAUGGUUCUGACUGUGUCACCGAAGAACCAACACUUGCUGAAAAUGAAGAGUCUAAGAAAAUGCAAGAAUUGCAGAAUUCAGACACUGAGCAAAGCAAAAAGGAAGGAGUAUGUGGACCACCACCAUCUAAAAAAAUGAAGCUGUUUGGUUUUAAAGAAGAUCCUUUUGUGUUUCUCCCUGAAGAUGAUCCAUUGUUCGUUCCUAUCCAGAAGUUUUAUGCUUUGGAUCCAUCAUUUCCCAAGAUGAAUUUACUGACUCGAACUCAAGAAGGAAAGAAGAGGCAGCUGUACAUGGUUUCUAAGGAGCUAAGGAAUGUGCUUCUGAACAACAGUGAGAAGAUGAAGGUUAUUAACACAGGGAUUAAAGUCUGGUCUCGCAACAGCGAUGGUGAACAGUUUGGAUGUGCGUUCAGGUUAGCACAAGAGGGAAUUUAUACUCUGUACCCGUUCAUCCAUGCAAGGAUUGUAAGUGUCUGCAUAGAAGAUGUUAAAAUUCUGCUAACCCAGGAAAAUCCAUUCUUAAGUAAAUUUAGCAGUGAAACGCAGAAGAAAGUCAAAGACAUGGCGAUGGGAAGUAUAGUUCUGAAGUAUGACCCAGACCCUGAAAAACCUGAUGAUCUUCAGUGUCCAAUAGUGCUGUGUGGUUGGCAAGGAAAGACAUCACUCCGUGCCUUUGUGCCCAAGAAUGAGAGACUUCAUUACCUGAGGAUGAUGGGAGUUGAAGUGUUUAAAGCAAAGAGGAAAGAGGAGGAAUCGGAAAAUAAAACUGAGGAAGAAGCUCAACAUAGGCUGGCACACAAAGAAGAAGGAAUGGAUGUGGAAGAUAAAGAACACAAUUUAGUCACAAAAAUGGAAGCAGAAACAGGGGAAGAAUCUUCCCAGAGUCCUGUGGAAAGCAGUGCUAUGGAAAUAGAAAAUAAAAUUGAGGAUUUAGAUCAAUCUAGUAAAAAUGCCAAGAAUCAUGUAAGCCAGGAAAGCAAAGACACGGAUGCGAGUAAUGUGAAAGACUAAGUUUCUUUCUCUAUGGCUUGGCAGCUUCCAUGAGGCUCACAUCCAGACUUUUGCUUUUAGCAUGGAAGUAUAUUUUAAAGUUUUGGUUGGAGUGGAAUGUACCUCUUUUAAAAUUUCACCUAUUUUAUAUUUUAAAUGAAAGCUAUAAAGAGA